UCGGGGCGCCCAUGGAACGAGCCAGUCGGUCGGUCUCAGUGAUCUGUACGAUGCCGCCGUGAUCGUACGGCAUCGUACUUUUCCUGGCGACACGCGGCACGCAUCACGUGGCACCACACACCGCGUCCGCGCUCCUGCCUCCUGCGGCGCGAGACCACGUCCGACGUCCCUUGCACCCGACGCGCAGCACCGACCCGGGGGAGAAACGACGCCGGCCGACGACGCUCGAGAGCGACAACAAAUGCAUCAGUGAUCUCGCCGCCUCGGAUAUAUGCCCGGAGAAGUCCGAUAUGAGUACAGACGGAAACACGUUCUCCGGGAGAAGAUGACCCCACGUCGUCGCGUCUUGGCAGGAAUUCGCCGUGCUAUUUUUGCCGCCGGUGUCCUGGCGCUUAUCGUCCUGGCACUGUCAAGCCAGGAUGGUUCCAACACCCUACAGCACGGGAAUUCGCUGGAGGACGCGAAUCUGACGCCAGAGGAGAAAAUAUUGGAGCAGAUUACCGCAGCGGAAACUGAACAACGUCUGACAGCCAGGCGGAAAUUCCUGGCGGAAAAAUGCGCCGAGGAAGGACUCGAUCGUCCCGGCAACGAUUCGCUUCACAGACCAAACGCCUGGGAGUUCCUUGUAAAUAGAGAGUACCAUCUUAUAUGGUGCAACGUUUUCAAAGCUGCGUCUACAUCGUGGAUGUAUAACUUUAAUUUACUUGCAGGAUAUAGUCCGCAAUUUCUGAAGGCCUCCAAAGCGGUGCCAGUCUCAUUGGCUAGACAGAGAUAUCCUAGAUACACCGCCGAAGAAUUGGCUAAAUAUCUGAACGACAGCAUCAGUUUUUUGAUAGUGCGGCAUCCAUUCGAAAGAUUGCUCAGCGCCUAUCGAGAUAAAUUGGAGCACAGUCUACCGCAUACAUUUCACAGCAAUCUUGGUGCACACAUAGUCUGGCACUACAGGGCAAGGGAUCCGAAGACGAAUACAAGGCAAGGGCCGAGAUAUCCGCUUUUCGAGGAAUUCGUGCGAUGGCUGCUAUGUCAGUGGAGAGCGGGAAACGAUCUCGACAUGCAUUGGACACCAGUUGUAAACUUUUGCACGCCCUGCCAAGUACGAUUCGACGUGAUAGCUAAAUUCGAGACGCUGCAUGACGAUCAAGACUAUCUUAUCAAGCAAGCCCACGUGGGGCACAUCAUCAAACCCGAGUGGAAAAACCCAACUAGAGGCGUCCAGACGAAAGAUGUUAUAAAAAAUUACUUCACGCAGUUAUCCAAGACGCAGAUUGACGAGCUCUACGAGAUGUUUAGAUAUGAUUUCAUACUGUUUGAUUAUUCACCUGAUGAAUAUCUAGCAUUUGGGAGAGACGAAAUCACUACAUUGACAUGUAAAAAAUGAUCCCGGAUUUCGUCUAUUAUGAAGAUAUGUGAAAUAGAGUGAGGCGCAUACGACAUACAACGAAAUUGUAGGUAGCGCUUAAAUGAAUUUGAAAGAAUAGGAAGUAUGAUACUAGAUAUGUAUAUAGUGAUCGAUGCAUUUCUUAUACGGGAUUUCAUAAAUGAAAGGAUGUGUCUUGAUUUUGUAAUACAUAUAAACUGCGUUAUCAAACUGAGCAUUUUGAUAGCAAAUAUGUUAAAGUUUAUCGAAUUGUUAUGAAAUAUAUUGAAGGAUAAAACAAAAAUUUAUCAUCAACUACGACGAUGCAAAUAUCUUGCAAAUAUGAACUUAUAGUCCGUUGCUUGCGUACUUAAAUUGUUAAAAUAAACUAAAUUUUUACAUA